AUGGAGUACGAGGACGUGCAGCGCUAUGCAGACGAUGAUACUAAGACCAGAUAUCAAGAUCUCACCUUCCGCCACGCCAUGUCCGAAUCGCCCCAUUUCAUCUGGUGCACCGCAGGCUGCGGAUCAGGUCAGAUCCAUGACAGCGGCAGUCAGCAGCCCAUCGUAGCAUGCGUCAAAUGCGGAGCACGCUCGUGUUUCCACCACUCAGUACCAUGGCAUGAGAAUCUCUCGUGCGACGAGUACGACGCCCUCCUGGCGGACCCGGAGAAAUUCCGCAGCCGCUUUGAGAUCGACAACGACGAAGUCGCUACUGCCGACGAGGCGCGUCGAGCUCAGGAGGACGCAGACCGAGCCUACGCCCAGAGCCUUCUGGCCGAGGAGCAGCGAGCUGUUGACGAGGAGCGGAGGGAACGUCUGCGGCGGGAAGAAGAGGCACGCACGGCGAGGCAGCGUGCGGAGCGCGAGGAGCAGCAGCGGACGCUUGCCGAGCAGAGGAAGAUUGCUGCCAGGCGGAUGUAUCAGGAGGAUGAGAGCCAGAAGACGAUUGCUCGCACGACGAAACCUUGUCCCGGAUGCGGUUGGGCGAUUGAGAAGAAUGCAGGAUGGUAA